CGUGUACGGCGAUGACGCAACAAUAAUGGACCCGGAACUGUAACGUCAGUUAUUAAAACAACUGAGGAGCGGUGUUGUUGCUUUCUGAAGGAUGGUGUACGUGUCCAACGGUCAGGUCCUGGACAGCAGGGCGCAGUCACCAUGGCGACUGUCCCUUCUGGUCGAUCUGUUCUGGGAGGCGGUGGAGUUCCUCAGCCUGUUUUUUAAGACAAUGAUCCACCCUGACCUGACAAAGAAUGGAAACAGUGUGUCAUCACGCUACUCUGAUGGCAGAGGUCCUCCCGGUCCCCCUGGUAGCAGAAGGCGGAUGGGAAGAAUAAACCCUGGAGCGGGUCCCGGUCCGCCACCAAUGGGUGGAGGAGGAUGAGGAAGGUGA